CCACAAGCUAUUCGUUGUUCGAAGCUACGGUUUCGAGAAAACUCGAGCACUUCACAUUUCACGAAAUCCUGGAUUGCAAGCUUCAACAUUUAGGGUUUGAAACAUUGAUCUGAAUGCAAUGAUCUCAAUUACCGAUCGAGAUCUUGUCGACGACGAGGCAGAUCAUGAAGAUUCAACCAUCGACAUCGAUCGCAAAGAUGAAGAAGAACAAGACGAUCCAUUCCUUCAGUUCAUCGAUUACGCAAAAUCGGUGUUAUCUCCGGACAAAGACGAGGGCAACGAUGAGUCGAGUGGACCGGCAUGGAGUUGGAUCGCAUCUCGGAUUCUCAAGAUCUGUAUCGCUUAUUCAAGCGGAGUCACCUCCGCGAUUCUACUCUCCGAUCUCUCUCAGGCGUGGAAUGAGCAGCAAAAAAUUGGUGUUUCGAGGAAACGACCUGAAUGUAUUAAUCAACUGAAGAAGAAACAUAAGAGAUUGAAACUUCCGAACACGGUCACUAUUGAUUCGAUUUAUGAGAAGAAUUUCUUGUCGUUGAAUAGCGUUCUUGAAGCUGUUAUUGUCGAUGCCUUUCUUCUUCCAGGUACAUGCAUCUACAUGCUUACAUUGGGGGAUUUUUGGAGCUCUAGCACCAUCGAUCUAUUUCUCCACCGCAGAUUUUACAACUUGGCAGAUCCUAACAAUGGGAUUCUAAAGAAAGGACGGGAGAUUUUCCUUACAGGAUGCUAUCUUCGAUCUGCCUCUGGAGGAUCUGGUUCUUCACGACUUUUGCCAACUGAAUAUCUUGUCAUACUGUUAGAUGAGGAUCAAGAUGAUGAUGCAAUGCUGCUUGGAGCGCAGUUUUGUUCUGAUUCUUUCUCUUCCAUUUCUCUCGGUGCAGUUAACCAAGGGGUGUCUUAUUCACUAUAUGCAAGGAUUGAAUGUAUUGGGUCACUUGAAAUUCAAGGAAAAUAUGGUAGUCUCCAAAGGAAACAAAUCACUCUUGUCGAUAAUGAUGGUGUUAGGUUAAGGUUUCUACUGUGGGGGGAGCAGGUUCUUGUUGCGAAUCUUUUUAGUGUUGGGAGUAUGCUUGCUCUGGAUAGGCCGUUUGUAGCAAAUUCUUUCGACACUGCAAUCGAAACAUGUGGAGAAAUUUGCCUUGAAUAUGGUAGUGCGACACAGUUAUAUUUGGUGCCUUUCAUACAACAUGAAGAACAAGUAUCUGUAGCAUUGACACAAAAUCGGCAUCAAGGAUCAAAGUUGUUGAGUGCAUUAGAUCCUAGUCAAGGAUUCAAAGUUUCUCAAGUUACCUUGCCUUGUGAUUCUCAAGGCUCCAUUGACUUCAACUAUUAUCCAUUUCGAACAUUUGUCAUUGAUCUUCAUGACAAGAUGACUGGCAUCAGCCUGUAUGGUGUUGUUACAGACAUCAUUCGAGAAGUUGACACUGCUGAAGCAAUUUUCUCCUUGAGAAUUGAAGAUACAACUGGAGCAAUUCGAGCGAAGCUGCACUUUACUAAUUCUUGGUCAUUGGGGAGAUUAGGCCUUGGUCACUCUGUUUAUAUAUCUGGUUUGACUUGUUCUAUGACAAGAAAAAAAGGCGCUGAAGUCUUAUGGUUUGAGAAUGAUGUGAGAGCUUCAUUCAUUAACCUUAGUUGUUUGCCAGCAUUGCUGAACUCGUCUUGUCUCCACAAAUUAACAUGCCUUUCUGAUUUAUCUAGCAAGACUAGAAGUACACAUAUAUGUCAUGUUCGGCUGGACCAAAUUGAACACUGUCAUGUAAAUACGAGAUUUUCACAUGCUCUUUGUGGUCGUUUUGUUAGCAAGUCACUUUCUAGGACCGUUGAGUGCGAUUUCUGUCAUUGUAGUUGUGAUGCUGAAGUAGCCCGCACUUUCCACUUGAAAAUAACUCUUGCUGAUGGGAGUGCAAAAGUUUUUGCAUGGUGCACUGGUCAAACGGCUACAGAAUUGUUACAAAUAACUCCUGAUGAAUUCUAUGAACUGCCCGAGGAAGAACAAAUAAUGUACCCUACUUCACUGGAGAAUGAACGGUUCACGGUUGCACUAGCAAACUGCAGGAGGCAAGGUUAUGGACACUCUGGCAGCCUAACUGAAGAACACAGCGAUGUUACAUGGGAAAUCACUCGUGCACUCAAGUGUGAAUAAAAAAAUACCUGCUGUACAGGAUAAUUCCUCCAUGGAUCAUCUUCAUUUGGAGUUAAGUGUCGAAGAUCUGAUGUAGGCAUCGGAAACAAGCCCCGAUCACUUUCUGAUGUUUAAGGUAUGGUGCAAAUGCAAUGUCAUAUUUAUUUAAUGAUAAAGUUUAUUGCAAUGUGCAAAUUAUUUAUAUUGUAGGCAAACCUGCAGGAUUGAACAGUUUAAAAUUGCAUUAUUACAAAGUUCUCCAGUGAAGCCGUUUAUUACAUGGGUGGAAAUUUGCUUGAUCAUCAAUGCUAUUAAUUGUCAAACUCUCUUUGGUAGUAUUUUUGUUUUCAUUGUGUUAUGAAAAAUUUGAACACUGAAGAGAUUUUUUUGUUUUUUUGGGUUCAAAAAUAAUUCUCAAUUUGAACCACAAUUUUUUGGUAUUUCUCGAAAAUAGGUUGUUUUCCAAAACCCCAAAAAAAGAGUAUUAUUUGUUUUCAUUGUGUUUUGAAAAAUAUAAACAAUGAAACGUAAUUUUUUUUGGGUGCAAAAACAAUUCCAAUUUUUUUUUUUUGGAAACAAAUAACCAAAUGACUUUUGUGUUUUCUAAAAAAUAAAAACAGAAGGUAAAAUGAAAAUAAUACCUAACAAGUAUCAUUAUGCAAGUACUGAAAUUGACAUCUUGCCUUGCUUUGAUGGGCUGGGCUGGGUAGGCAUAGAGCCACAACCUUACGCAAUGGGCUUGUCUCAAAUUAGAUUAACGAGUUGGUCCAUGUAUUAAGCCCAACAACUUACAUUUGGGACUAUUUUUGGUUUUUUAUUUUCUAUUCCAUUUUUUGGUUUGGAAGGUUGCCUUUGACGGGCCAAGGAGCUGGGCUUCAACACCUAGGCCCAACCCAAGCAUUAUUUAGGUUAGGCCAUGCCACCGUUAUACAAACUUGGGUUGGAUAAAAGAUUUAGCAUACCUUGGUUUAUUUGGCAGGAUUUAAAUAAGUGUAUUUUUUGUUUUUUAAUAAAAAGAUGUGUAGAAAAAUAAAGAGAUGAUAUGAUAAAAAAAAAAUAAAAAGAUAUAUUAUUUUGAACUUUCCAAACUUGGCCUAAAUUAGCAUUAUCAUUUAAGGCAUUUCUACCCUGUGAUCUCAAACAAAUAAAUGAUGAAAGAACCACAAAUUUUUGGAUAUUAGCAAACUCAGGGCAAUGUAUUUCAUUGACAUUGCACAAUUUCCUUGGAGAAACUGUCAAACAUACCAGUUGGGCAUCUUCAAAAUCUUCGUACAAGUCAGAGAAGAACAAGAAAAAGGGUUUUUAGAAUAUUAAAAAAGAGGGCAGAGGGGUUGGUAAGCAGCAAUCCGAAUAUCACGCUGGAGUCUAUUCCAAGUAAAUAAAAGUAAAA